AUGCAAAUCACUAGAGCUGGCACACUUUUUCUACUAUGCUGCUUCGACCUCUGCUUUGCUUCUUCAUUUCAACGGUUCUCGUUCAACAAGCAAGAGCUGGAGCACUACCGCUUGGAGACCAGAAACCUCUUCUACCAUGGAUAUGACAACUACAUGCAGCUGGCGUAUCCUCACGACGAGCUGUACCCCAUCAAAUGCUGUGAAAGGACUCGGAAUUUCCAAGACGAAGCUGACGUAGUGCGAAACGAUGCCAUGGGCAACUACUCGAGCACUAUGGUCGAUUCGCUGACCACUUUGGCGAUACUCGGCGAUAAAGCACGAUUCCGCGAAGCCAUCAACCUUAUUCGGACCGACCUCGAUCCAGACUUCAAGAUAAACACAACUGUACAAGUCUUCGAGACCACGAUAAGAAUAUUGGGCGGACUCCUGUCGGCACAUCUGUACGCUACCGAUCCAAGCAAGAAGGUUUAUCUGGGAAGCGAAUACGAUGGCUUUCUUUUACAGAGAGCGCGAAACUUGGCAGAUAGAUUACUGCCGGCCUAUUUGACUAAAACCGGUCUACCGCUACCAAGAAUUAAUUUGGCGAAUGCCUAUCACAACGUUACUCCCAAAAUUCUAGAAGAGAACAAUGCCGCAGCCAUGGCUUGUCCCAUGUUUGAGUUUACGCUUCUGUCUUAUUUGACUCACGAUGAUAAAUAUCAACAGGUUACCAGAUAUGCAUUUGAUAAAGUUUGGGCUCAAAGAAGUGAGCUGGACCUUAUACCCAUGUCCUUUAGCCCCCAUAACCAAAUGGCCUUUAAUCAUUACACUGGUACUGGAGCAUCGAUCGAUUCCUUUUACGAAUACGCUUUGAAAGGCGCCAUCCUGUUUCAAGAUGAUCAACUAUGGGAGGUUUGGCAAAGUUCCUAUUAUGCGCUUCGUAAGCAUUCCAAGGAUGAUUGGUUCUUCGCCAAUGUCGACCUGAGUAGAGGACAAGUGGUCUACCCUUGGAUCGAUUCUCUAAGCGCAUUCUUUCCAGGUUUACAAGUCCUAGCCGGUGAUGUACAAGACGCCCAGCAGAAGCAUUUGCUAUUUUUAAAACUUUGGAACAAUUACGCGGGAAUUCCAGAAAGGUGGGUCUUUCAGCCCCAAACAGCAGACACUUUGGCCAACAUUUCAGAGGUACCAUUGCCCUGGUACCCACUCCGACCAGAGUUUGUGGAAACAACGUAUUUUUUGUAUCGGGCUACCAAAGAUGUGUUCUACCUGAAGGUUGCUUGGACUAUUUUGCAGGACAUCAAGACUUUCUACCGAACGAAAUGCGGAUUUGCAGGACUUCAGGAUGUUACUACGGGGCAGUUGCAAGAUCGCAUGGAGACUUUUGUGCUCAGUGAAACCUUCAAAUACUUGUAUUUGAUAUUUGAUGUCGAUAAUGAACUGCAUACGGAUUCCAGUAAUGUCGUAUUUAGUACUGAAGCUCACCCAAUGUGGCUUAGAAGCUCGGAUUUCGAAUCAUAUCGUUCUCAAAAACAAUUUAACGAUACCCUGUAUCGCGAUCAUUUAACUCAUUGUCGGCACAGAGACGUCGCCGCUCGAAAAUCCAGUCUCGAUCAGUUUUUCGAGGGCAUCUCUCGCUACGUCUUCCACAGAUCCGAACAGCCUCGCAUCAACUCAAGUUUGGAAUUUGAGACAGAUGCUGACUUAGUUUCUAUGGAUCAGGCAUCCUGUACAAUAUCCGCGAGUAACGAUAUUCGUUCAGAAUUUUCUUACUCCCAUAUGCUAAGCGAAUUCGAUCGUCUCUUUGAGGUCGACCAUUUAUUCGCCGAGACGCUACGUAAGCCAACUAGAUUUUUGGAUCGUGGCCCGAUGGAGUUAGAACCUGAUUUCUACAGGCUAUGGUGUCGGAAUUCCAAAAGAAACCCCAAAUGUCGUGUUCUGCCAACAACGGAAUCUUUCGAAGUAAUAUUUGAAUUGGAUAGCAGUUUCGCCAAGAGACGAGUGCCGCUUAAUCGAUAUUCGAGUCUGGCCAAUUUGACAAUUGCAAACUUGGCCGGCAUACGGAUGCAAAUAGAGACUCUGUAUGACGGCGCAAUUGAUAUUUAUGGUGAGCUAGUCGAAGCCCAAAAUAUCGCGCACGUUCCGCGAGAAAACGUGUAUGGUGCAAUGACGUGUCCUGCAACCGUCACUGGCGCGGUGCGUUCGAGCGUCAUGGUUCCGACAAUAUAUCGUGCAACAGCUGUGGAUGGUGUUCCACUUGCGUUGAAUGCUACUGUGCGCAUCAGCUCACUACCGAGCUUUGGGAAGGCACUUACUGGUAUUCUCGGGGUAAACAGCGAUAACAUGCUGCUGUUGGAUGAUGUUCCGGUGAUGAACGUGAUUUUUGCAGUUUAA